GUCCUUCCCUCAGUGCAGAACUUCACAUCACCAUCACUUCUUCUUCUUCUUCUUCUUCUUCUUCUUCAGCUGCUGUGAGACACCGCAGAGAGAACAUGGGACUUUAAAACUGCAGCAUGAAGAAACACUUGUAGCUUCAUUACUUGUCUUGUCAUAAGUCUGCGCGCGUGGUUCUCCGUGGAACAAAUUCACGCCUUUGCACUGGAUGCUGAGAUAAUGCGCACAAAGUGACGGGGCUCCUCAUCUCUUCUACGGUCCUCAACGAGUUUAUACAACGCCAUGAAAGACGACUUUGCAGACGAGGAGGAAGUACAGUCGUUUGGAUACAAGAGGUUCGGCAUCCAGGAGGGCACCCAGUGCACUAAAUGCAAGAAUGAAUGGGCAUUAAAGACCUCCAUAGCUCUGCUCUAUGUGCUGUGUACUCUCCUCACCAUCGCUGUCGCUGUGCUUGGAUACAAAGUAGUGCAAAGAGUUGACAAUGUGUCUGAAGGCAUCGCAAAGUAUGGAGGAAAGAUAGUUGCUGUUGAGACGGAUUUGAAAAAGCUUGAUGAUCAAACGGGAGAGAAGUCGGAGAAUACCACCACAGAGAUCCAGAUGUUCAAGAACAACAUCUGGACUCUCCAGCGGCAGCUGUCUGCAGUGGAGGAACACAUCCGCAGUGAUCAAGUUAAGCUGAGUCAGCUGCAGAACAUUGGCUCGGACAUUCAGAGCAGCCAGGGCUCCUUUCUGGGAGUGCUGCAGACUAACACAGCCACCUUGCGCUCUGUAAACGGUACCCUGCAGUCUUACGGCAGCGUCAUCCAGGGUCUUCAGGAAGACACUGUCAGGCUGCAAAAAGAACUCCAGCAGCAGAUGAGGCUCCAGAAUCAGGCACUACUUAGCAUCGGCAGCUUAAACCUCACCCAGGCCCAGCAGAGAGGCCUCAUUGCUGCUCUGCAGCGUUCAGUGGAUGACACCAGCCAGGCCAUCCAGAAAAUGCGCAAUGACUUUCAAAACCUUGAGCAGUCAACGCGACAGACACGCUCUGACACGGAGUGGCUUCGAGGUAAAGUGGAAAACUUGCAAAUCUUGGCUAGUAAUGCCUCAGCUCUCUCCAAGGCUAACAAUGACAGCCUUGAGGAUGUGGGAUCCCAGCUCACCUUUAUGGCCAACCAGCUCCAAAACACUAGCAACCUGGCUGAUGCUCAUGACCAAACCUUGAAGGAGAUCAUGGAUCAGCAGAGGGACUUCCGCAACCUCACGUCCACCAAGUUUGACCGGCUGGAGGUGCGGCUAGAUGAGUCGGAGCAGAGUAUGGAUCGUGUGACUGGCAACAUCAGUUUCACCACACAGCUUCUGGGUGCCAUUAACCUGAACCUGAACGGGUUACGCACUUGUUCUGAGACCGUCGGCCGUCACUCGGACUUCUUGUUAAACCUCAACAACAGCAUGACAGAUGUAAGGACAGAUGCAGCUGGUCUGAGGUCCCAGCAGGAGGAGCUGUCAGCACGUCUGGACAAGGAGGUCACGAACCUCUCUAUUGUCAUGGAGGAGAUGAAACUGGUGGACACCAAGCACUCGCAGCUCAUAACCAACUUCACUAUUUUACAGGGACCCCCUGGUCCUAGAGGCCCGAGAGGGGACAGAGGAUCACAAGGACAACCUGGUAAUUCUGGCCAAAAGGGAGAGAAAGGUGAAAAGGGUGCCCCAGGAAUUCGAGGACCUAAAGGAGAGCAGGGUAUCCCAGGACCACCAGGUCUGCCAGGGUUAAGAGGUCUACCGGGUGCACCUGGCAACCCUGGAUCCAAAGGCUCCCGAGGGUCAGGAGGCAGAGCUGGACCUUCUGGAGCUAAAGGAGAGCCUGGUACUGCUGGUUUGCCUGGAAGAGAUGGACAGCCUGGUCCUCAGGGGGCACAGGGUCCACCAGGUAUCAGAGGCUCAGUGGGACCAGCUGGGGAGCAGGGGCCAAGGGGUUUGCCAGGACCAGUGGGGCCUCCAGGGCCACCAGGAACACCAGGACAACCAGGACAACCAGGAAUCCCAGUAAGGGCCUCAGUAAUGUCUUUGGGUCCUGUGCCCCUGCAAGAUCAAGCAGUAGCUCCAACACUUUGGGCCCCUGGAUGCCCUGCCGAGUGGGAGAACUACAGAGACAAAUGCUACUUCUUCUCCAAAGACUUGCACAGUUUUGACGACGCUCAAGCGACGUGCGAGUCAAAGUCUGCGUCAUUGUUGAUCAUCAGUGACAUGGAGGAACAGGAAUGGCUUCAGAAGCAGACAUUUAAGGGUUACUUCUGGAUGGGUCUGACUGACAGGGAGGAGGAGAAUGUGUGGCGCUGGCUGGAUGGGACUCAACCUGCCUUCACGAAGUGGAAGCCGGGUCAGCCUGAUAACUGGGGCCAUGAGCAUGAAAAAGGAGAAGACUGUGCCGGUCUCAUCCAUAACGGGUUGUGGAAUGAUUUUCUCUGUGAAGAUCUCAUAAGCUACAUCUGCGAGAAGCAAAUGGAUAACUUAAGAUCACCUGGAUCGUAGCAAUGUCUUGAGCUCCAGCUUGCAGUUGAGCAGCUAGACUUCGCCCCUGUGGUACUGGUCCACUGACAGAGCACAUGAAGAGUCCACACGGGGAGAGCAAAAGGGACAAAAUUGAAAUAAGCCCAGAGCUGCAUCCGCAAACGUCUCUCCAUUGCAGAAGAGAUGACCUUUCUCCUCCAAAGUGAAGCCAGUUCACCUUUUACCAGCACGUGCAAUACAGCAGGGCAACCGCGGACGUAUGAGGAGUAUGAGUUACAUUUUAUGGUUAUUUGAAAUACAUUCUAUAAAACCGUAUACUGUGUGCAUCUGCAUAUCUGAAUGUAUAUAUCAUUAUGCAACUUUUGUAGGGAAAACAAAUUCUAUGAAGCCAAAUGGACUUAUUGUAGUACUUUUUAUAUCAUACAAUAAUCUGAGGAUGUUUUUUAAUAAAAGAAAAGGUACAAAAUGAUGCACAAAAACAUGUUGCUGAUAUGCUAUCUUUGUGGAGCUGUUACCUAACCUUGUGAAAAUCUUUAUAUAAUUUCCAUUUAUUUGAAUAGGAAUACGUACAAAUAAUUACACCAUGAAAUAU